AUGUUUGAAAUGAGAAACUCGAGAGCGGUUCUUGUUCUUUUAUUUAGCUUGUGUUUUCGAUUUGUAUUCAGUGGUGAUUUGGAAUCACUUCUGGAGAUAAAAUCAUCCAUUGAUCCUUCGAAUUCAUUGCAAUGGAGAGGAAAUGAUUUCUGUAAAUGGGAAGGAGUUCGAGAAUGCUUGAGAGGUCGAGUUUCGAAACUUGUUCUUGAGAAUUUGAACCUGAGUGGGACAUUUGAUUCAAGAAUCAUCAACCAGUUGGAUCAAAUUCGUGUUUUGAGCUUAAAGCAAAACUCAAUCUCUGGUCAAAUCCCCAAUCUUUCCAGCUUAACCAACCUUAAAUCACUCUAUCUUUCAUACAACAACUUUUCCGGCGAGUUUCCGGCGUCUCUCACCACCCUCCACCGUCUCAAAAUCAUUGUUCUUUCCGGUAACCACCUUUCCGGCGACAUUCCUCAUUCAUUACUUGGUUUACAAAGACUGUAUAUUCUUUACUUAGAUGACAACAUGCUAACCGGAAAAAUCCCACCUUUCAACCAAACCACCCUGAAAUACCUAAAUUUGUCCAACAAUCGACUUUCCGGCGAAAUCCCGAUGACACGAACUUUAUCAAGGUUCAACUCAACGUCGUUCAUCGGUAACAAUAUUGAUUUAUUAUGUAGUGAUCCCUUUGGUAUUCCAUGUGGGGUAGUUUCCCCGACUCCGUCUUUUACUCCGGCGGAUGAAACACCACCCACCACCGGAGCAUCGUACCACCAUCGCCGGGUAAUCAAGAUCAUAACGAUAAUCACCGGUUGCAUCGGUGGAUUAUCUUUAUUGUGUGUUUUAAUCAUUUUACUGGCGUUAAGCUUGAAAAAGGAGAAUAAAACCAAGACGGGUACGUUCGUCGGAGGUAAAGGUGUAGAAUCAGCAGAAGCGGUGGGUGGUGGUGGAACAAGUGGAGACGGAGGAUCUUCAUGGGAUGAAGAAGGUGGUGGGAUGGGGUCACUGGUGUUUUGCGGCGGCGGAGAUAAGCCGGAGAUGAAUUAUAAGUUGGAGGAUUUGUUGAAAGCGUCGGCGGAGACACUUGGAAGAGGUACUGUGGGGAGUACGUACAAGGCGGUGAUGGAGACCGGGUUUAUUGUGACAGUGAAGAGGCUGAAAGAUGCCACGUGUCCUAGUCUGGAGGAGUUUCGUAGACACGUGGAGGUGAUCGGGAGGCUGAGGCACAAGAAUUUGGUGCCACUCAGAGCGUAUUUUCAUGCAAAAGAGGAACGUCUACUUGUAUACGAUUAUUUCCCAAAUGGCAGCCUCUUUUCUCUUCUUCAUGGAUCAAAAACAUCAUCUGGAGGCAAAGGCAAACCACUUCACUGGACUUCCUGCCUCAAAAUCGCCGACGAUCUCGCCACCGGACUCCUCCACAUCCACCAAAACCCAGGCCUCACCCACGGCAACAUAAAAUCAUCCAACGUUCUCCUCAGCUCCGAUUUCGAAUCCUGCUUCACCGACUACGGCCUCGUCUCCUUCAAAAACCCCAACUCCACACACGAAUCAAACCCUAAUAAUUCUCUCCUCCACCGUGCCCCUGAAUGCAGCAACCAAAAAACACCACCAUCUCAACAAUCCGACGUAUACAGCUUCGGCGUUCUUCUCUUAGAGCUACUAACAGGCAACCCUCCAUCCCAAGCCCUAAUUUCAGACAAUGGCUCCGACAUUCCUAAAUGGGUCAACACCAUAAGAGAAGAACAAACCGAAUCCAGCGGCGAAACCGUAUCUUCAGGUAACGAGAAACUCGCAGCGCUUCUCAACAUUGCGAUGGGUUGUGUGUCGGUUGUUCCAGACAACCGGCCAGCGAUGAAGGAUGUUUUGAAGAUGAUUAGGGAAACGAGAGCAGAAGCAGGUCAUGUGUCGUGUAAUAGCAGUGAUCAUUCACCUGGAAGAUGGUCGGAUACCGUUCAAAGCUUGCCGAGGGAUAAUCAUAAUCAUCUGAAUCUCAGCAUAUGA